AUGAGUGGUCUUCCCUAUCAACCUAUCCCACAGACUUCCUACCAUAAAACACCUCAGGUGUCUCAGCCUGCCCGUAAUCCACCUUUGACAUCGACAUCAUAUCAACAACCAAGUGAUCCCUACCAAGAUAUCCAACCGGCAACCUAUCAAGGCGAUCCUCAAGUACCAGCAGCCUCAUACAUACCUACAAGUGGUGGCUUCUACAAGACUGGACAGCAGGCCUACUAUCACAAGCCAGAACAGACACCCCAUCUGAACCAUACCGGAGUAUCAUCAUCAACAUAUCAGAAAUCAGGCGGCACUUACCAAAAAGUACCACAGACAGCCCGUCCAACACGUCAAGGCUCCGGGCUUUCGGCUAGUGAAGUGGCUACCGCACAAAAUCGAUUACAGAGUGCAGCACGUACUCAGGAGCUCAGCAUGAUGGUCCCCGAAAGUGUCGGCGAAGUACAACAACCAGCUCGGAAUCGUAGACAUCGCCAUGAUAAAAGCAGAAGCAGAAAGAAUCGAAAAAACUGCUGUACCAUUUUGUGA